AUCAUAUCUGUCAUUUUCGCGGACGUUGAUGGUCAUGUCACCACCACCACCAUUCUAUUUAAUCUUUUGUGUAUUGCUGUGAUUUCUGUGCUCUUUAAAAUUCAUAAUUCGUUAUUUAAUUCAACACCGCUAAACCUCUAUAAAAGUCACAACAACUAUCGCGAGAUAUCUAAUUGUCUUCUUUGUGGUCUGUUGUGUUCCGUCGACUAAACAGUUAUGUGAUUGUGAGUACGGUUUUAGUUUUGAAAUCAAUAAAUUCGUAUGUUUUUGAAGCAGUGAUUAUAAUCAUGUCCACAAUGCGAGUGGGUCGUGUUUCAAAGCACCGGAGGAGCCACCGCGUGAAGAGCCGAGCAGCGCUGAGAAUGAUGGCCAUAAUGCAAGACAGAAAUAGCGAAGAAGUACCCAAGGAAUUUCUGGAGACAGGCCGCACGGGGCGUCGGAAUGCGAUGCCGGACAUAUUGCAUCCUCAGGGAGCGGAGGUCACCACCUCCGAUCUGCCCUCAAGGCUGCAGCAGCUAGUUACGACUGACCUCGACCCGCAGCCGGGCACCUCGAAAACUGAUCUCGACGUGAAAAAAGUAGACGAACCGCCGGCGAAAAAGGACAGCUGCAGUUGAGCUGUCUCUCUCACUCACAGUCCCCGGACUAACACUGGACUUGCCCAAAGCUUAAGUAAUCUCAAUCAGGUAAAUAGUAUUACUAAGCACUGAGUAAUGUAGCCCCACCUUAAUUUAGGUAUGGUGUACAAAAUAGCUUUCUAUGUCAUGGUGAGAAGGUAGAUUUUGCAGUGAAUGAAACUAGAAUAUUAGGUAACCUCAUAGGGGCUCGAAGUCGAAUUUAAAUUAAUGAUGUAUGUUAUAGCAUUUUGUAAGAAUUGUAAGUCAUAGACGUGUAAGUUUUUGGAAGUUUUUAUUGAAUGUUGGAU